GUCCCUCUGGCAACCAUGUCGGCGGGCGUGCGCAGACGUCAAGCAGCUGGCGUGAAAGCAGAAGCUCCCUCGGUCGCCGUAGUAGCUGCCCCAGCUAGCGGAGAUGAGGAGCCGGGCAUGGCGGCGGCCCCGAGCCUCUCCGCCUGCCUCAAGCUGCUGGCGGCUGCCUUCUACGGCUUCAGCUCUUUCCUCAUCGUGAUGGUGAACAAGAGCGUCCUCACCAGCUACGGAUUUCCUUCCUCACUCUGUGUGGGACUAGGCCAGAUGCUGGCUACCGUAGUUGUCCUUUGGGUGGGAAAGGCACUCAGGGUGGUCAAGUUUCCAGAUUUUGAUAGACAUAUACCUCGAAAGACUUUUCCACUACCUCUUCUCUAUUUUGGGAACCAAAUCACAGGACUGUUCAGCACAAAGAAAUUGAAUCUGCCAAUGUUUACAGUCCUGAGACGGUUUUCCAUUUUAUUUACAAUGUUUGCAGAAGGAAUCUUACUCAAGAAAAAAUUUUCUUGGGGAAUUCGGAUGACAGUAUUUUCAAUGAUAAUUGGUGCAUUUGUAGCUGCAAGUUCUGAUUUGGCAUUUGAUCUAGAAGGAUAUAUUUUUAUCUUGAUCAAUGAUGUCUUGACAGCUGCAAAUGGCGCUUAUGUAAAACAGAAACUAGAUUCAAAGGUAGGGUUCAUCUCACUGCUGCAUAAUUGCUCCUAUAAUGAGCUUUUCAUGUUACUUCAUGAAGUUUCCUAAAUAUGGAUUAGGAAAGAUGGUCAACAAGCAAUGGAAUAUAAAGGUUGGGCAGAUACCCUUUUCCUUGCACAAUUUACACUCUCUUGUGUGAUGGGGUUUAUUCUGAUGUAUUCAACAGUACUUUGCACUCAGUAUAACUCUGCCCUUACAACUACAAUAGUUGGCUGUAUUAAGAAUAUACUAAUAACUUACAUAGGAAUGUUCUUUGGAGGAGAUUAUAUUUUCACAUGGACAAAUUUUGUAGGAUUAAAUAUUAGUAUUGCUGGAAGCCUCGUAUAUUCCUACAUCACUUUUACAGAAGAACAAAUAAAUAAACAGUCUGAAGCUAGCAUCAAGAUGGACAUUAAAGGGAAAAGCGCUGUAUGACAAAAGGCAUGCUUACCAGAGUAACUCUCACUUUUUAGCAAGAUGUUGACAAAUCACUGUAGUAUGCAGUCUCUGAAUGGAAUUGGAUGGUUACUUCGUAUUUGCACAAUCUGAAGAUUGCCACAUUUGGAAUCAAUUAUUUAUACUGGACUGCACAUACGAUGAAUAGAUUGCAUAUAGGCUGCAAGGAAUUAUAUAUGUAGUGAAACAGGAUUAAUAAUCUCAAAUGCAGCAAGUGUUGUUGGUCUAGAUUGGGUGCAGCAAGAAAAUGCAUCAUUGAAAUCAAGCAAGCCUAUUGUUCAGACUCUCAUGACUUUGGCUUGUUGAUCCCUUCCAACUUUAACUGCAUUUUCCUUGAAGUCAUGCUAUCUGUGUGAAUGAAAUGUAGUUCCUACAUCUCAUUGCAUGAAGCUGUAUAUAAAUAAGAUGAUACUCUGAGCUGCAGUUUAUGGGGAAGGUAGACCUACAUUCACAAUCAACAGAAAUGUUACCCAAACAAAUGUCCAUCUAAUUUUUUUCCCCUGAACCUAGCGAAGCACUUUUAAGUGUGUGUUACACAUUGUUUGGGUUAUCUUGGUCAGAAUUGUUUUAAAACCUUUAUAGACUUAUCAGUACCUAUUACAGAUAAAGAACAGAUAAAUGUUCUAAAGAGUAAGGUUUUAAAUGCAGUUUUCUCCUGAAGAAAUGAGGAAAAGCAAACUACAGUGCUAAAAUGUGGGUGUUUUCCCCAAGUAAAAGGUUUUCUUUUAUUUACUUGGCUUUUUUUCUAUACAAUCAGAAUCCUUUUUUAAAUAAAAAUCUCAUCACUGGUUUUUUUUUAAAGGUGGUAGCUUUUUAAAAGAUUGUUUAUAAAUGAGAGUUUGCCCUUUGGUGAUUUAAGUGUUUUGAAAUGCACAUUUAUUUCUUGGAAAAAAUAGUUUUGCAAAAGUUUAUUGCAAGCUUUUUGAAUAUAGAAAAAGCAUGCAGUUGGAAGUUAUACCCCCAGUCUAUCAAGUCUAGCUUCCUUUUUGAAAUAGGUUUACAUAUCACGCUAAAUCAUUAAACAGGUCCCAUUUUGAAGAAAGUGAAUUCUGGGGUGUUCGCUUUGAUGUGGUUGAAGCUGUUUUCAAAGGAGCCUCACCAGCCUUGCAAAUGAAGCUUUUGUAUCUGUGUGAGGUUUUCAUAUUGUUGCAAAGCAAAUCAGAUUUACAAUGUUGUAAACACAACAUUGUACACAGCAAACUUGUAAACACAAGUCUUUAAAAGAAAUGAUAGUAUAUUCUACUAUCAGUUACCCUAUCAUAGGCCUCACACCCAUUUACACUGAAACAUGAGGAAAACUGUAGUAUCUGGAUAGUGUUUAUCCAGAAAAUUCUGAAUUUUAAGGAGCUGUCAAAUUGAAAAAUGGCUCAAAUCAAAAUAUUCUGCUGAAUGAAAUCCAGUUUGCUUUUCACUAAAGAAAACCUAGCUUCAGUUUAUUUGACUCAGUGAACCACAAAUUCCUGGCCUUGUAUAUAGAGAGAUUGCAAAAUAUAAUAAAUCUCUUUUAAACAUUAAAGACAUUGUAAAGGAGAACUCUGUGAGAUUGGCAGCCAAAAAUCUAUGGUAGAUGGUAGGACACUUUUUUUUGACUAACAAGAUUUUAUUAAAAGGCACAUGCUUUCAUGAAUUUUAGCUCACAUUUGCAAUAUUAAAACAAAACAACCCCAGAAUCAACUCACAUAAAAUAUCUUCAGGCUUUCUAAGGUUUAACAAACACAAAAGAUUUUAAUACAUUGCUAUUACUAAUUCAUGAGGUACUUAUAAUUUGUCCCACAUGUAACUUGCAUAUGCAUAAUUACCCUUUUCUCCUCCACUUGCUGCAUUUUCUUUUCUUUUCAAAUCCUCCUCCUGUUUAUCCACUUCAUGCAUCCGAUAAAGUGAGUACAACUCAUAAAAGCUUAUGUCUUUUAAUAAAACUUGUUAAUCACCUUUUCAUUAUUAAAAACAUUCUAAAGCAUUACAGUUUUUCUAAAUUUCAAAAAGAAAUAAGGUUAAAUACUAAAAUUAUCAGAACUGAAAAGAUUUCUCAUCCAAGAUGCUGAGAUUGUAAGUGAAUAUCUUCCUAAGGAAACAUUUCCACCCUUUUGUUCUACUGCCAGGACAAAUCCUGGUUCAUGACUUUGCAUGUAAGGUACAGUUAUGUCCUUAAUGGGUUUGUGGGUUAAAUUUAACUCUAAAUUGAAGUCUGUGAAACAGGUAAAUCUUACAUAUUCUGUGUUAAAUAUGCAGUCAUUCCUGAUCUGGCACCAAAAGCCAAAUUAUGUGUACUGGAGACAUUAUUUAGCAUGUAAUUAUUAUUGUUUUGCAUAUUUAUGCUUUUUGUUAGAGGAGGGGGGCAAAGAACUAUGCUGGACAUUGUAACAACACUAACAAGAAAUCCUACUCCAGCAGUAUGUUACUGUCUGGGAUCGCACAGAUUGUUUGCUGCACUUUAAAAUACAUUCUCUUAGCCUUAAACUGUUGAAAGUAAACACAGAACUUCAGAAUGCAUACUUGUAAUAUGCAGAGUGGGUAACUGACAGUUGUUCUGGAAUAGUCUAAUGUAAAACAGAAAAGAGAAUCCUGGAGCUUCACAGAAACAUGAUGGUCUUGAGCCUUUUUUGCAGCCUCGGAAAUACUCUCAUCCAUAAUGUUGCAAAUUAAUUGCUGUUUUGAGAUAUGAAGUACAAGUGCACUUCAUAUCUUCUAUAGGUUUACUGCAAUUUGGAAAACAAGCCCUGUAUUCCCCAUAAUGAGACACCCCCUCUCAACAAUUAGCAAUAGGCGCUUUGCAAGCUUUGGCCAGUAAGAACAUUGUCCAUUCAAUCAAGAAGCAACUUUUUAAAUGUUAUGGGCUCCAUGCUGUCUUAGCCAGAAACAAUUUGGGGGAGGGGGGAUAGAGGGGGGAAUAGUGAAAUUUGGAUUACGUCACCCUUUUCCUUGUUUACAUAUUUUUUUGGGGGGGGUUGUUUUCAAUUUUAAAUCAUGGAAGAUUUUCCUUCAUUUAUUACUGCUUUGCCGUUGAAUUUAAACACUAUGAUUGUAGCUGGGUUUGCACAUCACAAAAGUGUCAGUUCUACAAAGAGAUGUGUAGUUUCUCCAACUGCUAUAAAUCAUCAGAACCAAUAUUUUAAUCAAAAUGAUUUAACUAUAGAUUUUGCACCUGCCAGCUAUUUAGAAGAAUGAACUAUCUUGACUUUGAAGGUAGAUUAAAGGGAUCUAUUAUAUUAGAAUUUUAUUUUCUUGUCUACUUAUGCUGGCUUGUUAAGUAGAUAAUGGUAGCAUUUAGGUGAUGCAGGCUAAAAAAUGGAUUACUUCGCACACAGCUGCCUUCGUCUACUGUUACCUUGAUUAUACUGUGCACCAAAAUUGUCAUAAAAUGCUUGUGGACAAUUUAUGCAAAUAAACAUGUAGAAUAAGGGAUGCUGUUAGACUGGAAUUCUCAUAAUUCAGUCAAAUUAUUGUAUUUUUGCUAACCUGCUCUACUGAGGCAGUUGCUCUCAGGUACUUGUUAGACAAAAUGUUAAUCUACUGGAUAGAUUUACUGCCAUAUUAAAUAGUUCUCAGUUCAUUUGCUUUUUUGUAAUAUACACAUUUUUAGUGCCAAGUUUUAGAAAAUAUAUAUAUACUGCCUAGGUAAGCAAGUCUUAUAGUUUUAUUUUCUACACUGUUAAACUUCCUGUUACUAUUUUUCCUAUAUAGAACAAUUUAGCAUUAGGAAUAAACAUUUUUAAUGUAUAACUUUUAUGUGCUAUGUAUUUUUGUACUGGCUUAAAUAAAUCUAGAUUGUCUCCAUUUACA